UUCCAAUCUUUAUUGGAAACACUUUUCUACAUUCGUAUAGUACAAACACACUGUAUAGGAAAUAACACAAAAGUAAGAAUACUGACCAAAGGCAGGGUCACACGGAACACGAUGCAUUGCUACAGCUAUGGAGUUCUCCAAGGUGUUCUCCUAGCAAUAACUUCAAUUAUCAUUUUAUGGGUGAAAGGACUCGUUGGUUUGCCACUGGCUCUACCCGAUCCGGAGUCACUUCCGAUCGCCAUGGCGGAGGAUCUUCCGGCGGAGAGAGCUCCGAGGCAGAUCAAACCAAAUCAGUCCACUUUCGAUGUUUUCAAUACCCCAAUACCGCAUAAAUCCGACGGCUUUAGAGUUUUCGCAAAGAAACUACAAGACAAAUAUCACCAGAGAACUGGCUACAAUGGAACUCAUGCGCCGCCGACCACUAUUGUGACUAAACGAACCACUAUUGGUCUUAGAAAAAGCUCCAAAAAUGGUAUAAGACUCUAUGCUGCUCCACAAGACAAACAAGAAGAAGGAGCGCCUGGAGAAGGUGCAGAAGAAGAGGGAUCAGGAGACGGAGGGGGAGAACCAGGAGAAGGAUCAGCUGAUGCAGCCAAAAAUGAAACAGCCAAGGAGCUGACUGUUGGUAUUCAACAAUUCUAUACUAAUCAAUAUGGGGAAAAGGUAUACAAUCCUUGGGGGAUAACCUUUGGACACCAGUUUUUGGACACCCGCUUCGGCCCAGGAAAUCAGCAGAUAGCACGCAUAUCUGUUAAUCCGAAUCCAAUUCAGAACUACUAUCCCAGUAUGGAGAACCUGACUACAGUCUGCUUGAACAGAUCGACCGUCUACAACGAUAUUAAGAUCGAUAAGUGGCUGAUGCGCUAUGUUUACAGCAGGAAGAAGAAAGUCCGCCCCUUCUUUUUCUCUCUGCGUCAGGAAUUGUACGAAAAGGCCGAUUCGGAGCAGUGCCAUAAGGAGUCAUAUAGCGACUGGUUGCAGUAUCAGGAGUGCGCCAUACGUCGCAACCAGCGCAUGGAGUAUUUUGUCCCCAAGUAUCCACGACACCAACUUGCAACAAACUAGUAAGCAAAUGAUACUCUAUCUCUUGGACGUACCCAUUGUUUAAAUUAAAAAAUAAAAAAUGCAAUAUAUUUCAUGUGAAAUCCUGAACAUUUUUGGAAAAACACAAGGAUUGAUAUGUCAUAUAUAUCUGUCCCUUCUUCAAAAUGUAAAUUCAACCAAUUUAAUACUUUUUUAAGGCGUAUGCUGUAAAAAUUCGAGUUACACUAAUAAAGUUAACCGUGCAUUUCUGGUUGCUGAGAUGAA